UGAGAAACGUUUUGCAAAAAACGAUAAGGCUGAAACAAGCACGCUUCUUACGAGUUUGACCUCAAUGAAGUAUAAGGGAAAAGGAAACAUAAGGGAGUACAUAAUAGAAAUGUCUCACCUUGCUUCAAAACUAAAAGCACUAAAGUUAGAGCUUUCUGAUGAAUUGCUCGUGCAUUUGGUUUUGAUCUCUCUUCCUACACAAUUUAAUCGGUUUAAGGUCAGUUAUAACUGUCAGAAGGAGAAAUGGACUCUUAAUGAGUUAAUUUCAUAUUGUGUGCAAGGAGAAGAGAGAUUGAAGCAAGAUCGGACUGAAAGUGCUCAUUUGGCUUUAGGAAGUAAUUUCAGAGAUAAAAAGAAUAAAAGGAAGAACCCUAAAGAAGCUGCAGGUGGUCCCGUGCAAAAGAAACAACAAACUAAAGAAAAUGAGGAAUUUAGUUGUUUCUUUUGUCGGCAAUCCACACACUUGAAGAGGGACUGCACUAAAUAUCACGCAUGGCGUGCAAAGAAAGGGUUGCCUGAGCUGCCGAAAGCCAAGUGAUGAUGAAAGAUUCAUUUUUGUGGGCAAUGGAAAAUCAGUUGAAGUUGAGGCUAUUGGGAAUUUUAGAUUAUUAUUAAGAACUGGUUUUUAUUUGGAUUUGAAA